CAAUCAUCAUCAUUCUUCAUCUCUUUCACUCUCAUUUCCCAUUUAUUUUUCUCAAACUAUUUCCUACCCAAAAGGUCAUUAAUUUCUCAAAUUAUCGAUCAUCAUUUUUCCAACAAAUAACUCUUCAACCGCAUCCUCUUUUAUGAGUAUGAAUUGUCAUUAUUCUUUCCUCUAUAGAUCUUGAUUAUAGUUUUCUAUGUGUGACAUUUAUUAAGUACGAUGAUAAUGAUUGUACAAAGAUGUUUGAUAAAUUAGCUUACCUGGGUUUUUCAACUGUUUACGAGUGUUAGCUGAUUCAUAUUGUCAAAUCAGCUAAAAGUAGUGUUUGAUAAUUUAGCUGAUUUGCUUAGUCAGCUAAAAGCAAUGUUUGAUAAUUCAACUGAUUUGCCGAUCUUAUUGGGUAAUAGAUUGAUAAAAUCUUUUUACAUAAUCUGACACUACAUUCGGCUAUCAGCUAUCAAUCGUUUAAAAAAUUAGAAAAAAAUUUAGAGAGAGAAAGUGACUGGAACAUGUAGGGGAUUAUAGGGGGCAUAGUUACAGCAUAUGGUCUCUCAUUUCCUCAGCAACCUUCCCUUUCCUUUCUCCCUCUUGUUUUUCUUGUUUUCCCAUUUUGUUUACAACCCCACCUCACUUUACCGGUGACUUUGACCGGAAACUUGACUUUGACGGUUGCCGGAGCUUGAUCUCUUAGGCUAUUCAGCUCAAUAUUGUAGCUCAACUUAAAUAAAUUUGAUUUAUGUUCAUUUGAUUUCCAAUUUUAGGGUUGUUUUCUCUCUCUCCUCUGAUCUAAGAUCGCUUGAAAAUGAAGCCUACUGUGACUACAAACUCACCUAAUACUAAUUCUUCUGAAGGAGAGAAGAAAACCAUAAACCCAGAGUUAUGGCAGGCGUGUGCAGGUCCUCUUGUAAAUUUACCUGCUGCUGGCACCCACGUUGUGUAUUUUCCACAAGGUCAUAGUGAACAGGUGGCUGCUUCUAUGAAGAAAGAUGUGGAUGCUCAGAUACCAAACUAUACAAAUUUGCCUUCAAAGCUACUAUGUCUACUUCAUAAUGUUACAUUGCAUGCAGACCCAGAAACUGAUGAAGUGUAUGCUCAGAUGACGCUCCAACCCGUUCCUUCUUUCGAUAAAGAAGCGUUAUUGAGAUCUGAUCUUUCACUGAAAGCACAUAAACCGCAGACAGAGUUUUUCUGUAAAACAUUGACUGCCAGUGAUACGAGCACCCAUGGAGGCUUUUCUGUGCCACGGAGAGCAGCAGAAAAGAUUUUCCCUCCUCUUGAUUUUUCUAUGCAACCACCUGCUCAAGAAAUAAAGGCCAGGGACUUGCAUGAUAGUGUGUGGACCUUUCGCCACAUAUAUCGCGGACAACCAAAACGACACCUGCUAACGACAGGAUGGAGCCUAUUUGUUAGCGGGAAGAGACUUUUUGCUGGCGACUCGGUUUUGUUUAUCAGAGACGAGAAACAGCAUCUUCUUUUAGGAAUUAGGCGAGCUAAUAGGCAACCCACAAAUUUAUCGUCAUCAGUGCUCUCUAGUGAUAGCAUGCAUAUUGGAAUUCUGGCUGCUGCUGCACAUGCAGCUGCAAACAAUAGUCCAUUCACAGUUUUUUAUAACCCAAGAGCUAGUCCAUCAGAAUUUGUGAUUCCACUUGCCAAGUACUACAAGGCCUUUUAUGGUCAACAAGUAUCGCUUGGUAUGCGAUUUAGAAUGAUGUUUGAAACUGAAGAAUCGGGAACUAGAAGGUAUAUGGGCACCAUUACAGGUAUCAGUGAUCUUGAUCCUGCGCGCUGGAAGAACUCGCAGUGGCGUAAUUUACAGGUUGGCUGGGAUGAAUCCGCUGCUGGAGAAAGGCGUAACAGGGUUUCUGUUUGGGAGAUUGAACCUGUAACAGCUCCAUUUUUUAUAUGUCCUCCAUCGUUCCUCAGACCAAAGCGUCCACGGCUACCAGGCAUGCCUGAUGAUGACUCUGAUGUGGAUAGCAUACUGAAAAGGUCAAUGCCAUGGCUUGGAGACGAUCCGAAUGCUAUGACAGGCAUGAGCUUAGUGCAGUGGAUGAACAUGCAGCAAAAUCCUUCUUUUGUUAACCCAAUGCAGGCCAACUUUUUGAAUACUAUACCUGGAUCUACUCUUCCGAGUCUUCCUGCUUCAGACCUUUCCCGUCAAUCAGGAUUAAAUGCCAUGCAGAUUCCUCCGCAAAACAACUUACACUUCAAUGGUCAGAGAUCUGCGCAAUCCGUCCAGCAGCUUGAGCAGAUCCAGAAGUCAUCGGGAGUCUUAAAUCCAUUGGGGUCUUUUAUACAGUCGCAACAUUUAUGUGAUACUCAGCAACCGAGGCAAAACUUGAUGAACCAAACCUUAUCUCCAACCCAAGUUCAGUCACCUCUUCUGCAGUCUCAGGGUGGUCUUGUGCAAAAUCACAAUUCAAUCCAACAACAAUCGUCUCUUCAAAACCAUCAGCUCCUUGGAAGCCUACCUCAACAAAAGCAGCAAAUUCCGGGUUCCAAUCAACAACCGAAUCUACUUCAGAUGCAACAAGUUAGUGACAGCCAACUUCAACUUCAACUUUUGCAAAGGCUUCAGCAGCAACAGUCACUUUUAUCUCAGCAGUCCACAUUACAGCAGUCAAAUCACGUAAACCAACUUCAAGAACAACAGAGACCCCUGCUCGAUGUUUCUCAAAGCUUUUCUAGAUCGGUGUCAUCACCCCAAAUGCAGGAUAUGCCUCAAGCACAAAUGAUGUCUAUCCCUCAUCCCCAGAUCAUGGCACAGCAGGUGGGUAAAACUAACAGUCCAACAAACUUUCAAUUUUCUCAAACACCCAAGGUUCCCAAGCUCCUGCAGCAGCAGUCUGGGGCAAUGCCUGAACUACAGAGUCAAGCUAGUGUUGCAUUCAAUCCUAUAUCAAAUCGUCCUUCCACUGCAACAAGCAAUAGUUUUACUGGUGCUGCUGCAGGCGGACAAUCAGCGUUAACUGAUGACAUUCCGUCGUGCUCUACUUCACCUUCGACAAACAAUGGUCCUAGUACUGCUCAGGCAACCGUGAACACUAGGGGUCAACGAAUCAAUGCCUUGGGCGAGGGUAAUAACCACUGUUCUACUAAUCUUUUGAAUGGUCCUACUGUUUUGGAUGCUAUGGAAGGUCAUAACACAUUCAAAGAGUUGCAUCAGAAAGUAGAUGUCAAGCCUUCAGUUAACAUUAGUAGAGUUGAAAACCAAGGACAUUUAAUCCGGCAAGCAUAUCAGAAUAUUCCUUCAUCUCAAAUAGAUUACUUGGAUACAUCCUCUGCUACUUCAGUUUCUAUCUCUCAGAAUGAUAUUAUAAGUCAAAGCAAUCUGUUUUCCCAUCCACAAUCAAUUUUGUUAGCAGAUACUGGUCAUGAUGUGGAUGCACAAGCUGAUAUAAGAAAACACACAGGAGCGAUUACAAAUGGUCAGAUUGGAACGCCCUUGGUUUCUGAUACCGAGUUGACGAAAAAUGUACCAACCCUUGAUAAAAAUUACUCAAAUAAUGUCUCUUCUAGUUGUAUGCUUAAUUAUGAAAACUCCAAAGAUGGUCAGCAGGAGCUCUCUUCUUCAAUGGUCACCCAGUCAUUUGGUGUACCAGAUGUGGCAUUCAAUUCGAUUGAUUCUGCAAUAAAUGAUGGCGGCUUUAUAAAUAGGGGGACAUGGGGUCCACCGACACAGUAUCAACGAUUGCGGACUUACACAAAGGUUUACAAGCGCGGAGCAGUUGGUAGAUCGAUUGAUGUUACUCGUUAUUCAGGUUAUGAAGAGCUUAAACAGGAUCUUGCUCGAAUGUUCGGUGUAGAAGGACAGAUGGAAGACCGGGGUAGAGUUGGAUGGAAACUUGUAUAUGUGGACCAUGAAAAUGAUGUUCUGCUCGUUGGUGAUGAUCCUUGGGAGGAUUUCGUAAACUGCGUUCGCUGCAUAAAAAUCCUCUCUCCGCAAGAAGUCCAACAAAUGAGCCUUGAUGGUGACUUUGGGAAUGCUUCUUUACAGAAUCAAGCCUGUAGUAGUUCUGAUGGUGGAAACGUAUGAACUUCUACGACACGCUUCUUUCAAUAGUGCCACUUUUUUGAGUGCAGACUCAACUGGAGAAUUUAGCCUUGGCUUGUACUUGUGCUGAUUUUUAUGCAUUGCUGCAAACUGCUGCAGUGCAAGCCAAGUUUGGCUGGCUUGUCGGUUUUGUUCUGCAUUGCAACGGCCAGACUAUCCUAUGAUUAAGCAGGAUGUAAGUCUUGGGCUAUGUCUUCAAGUUCAACUCUGUAUUUAUCCAAGUCUUAACUUAAAUUUUAAUGGUAUUAAAAGAAUUGGCUUCAAAUUCUUGUAGUUGAUGGUGUACAUAUUUGUAAAAGUCUUGAACUGUCGGUUAAAAGUACCAUUAAUCUUAUUAUUUAAGUUAAUGUUAUAGAAGUGAAUGUCUUGAAAUUUAACUAAUUGUAAAACCCAAUGGCUAAGAUUGAUUAGCUGUGGCCAACAACCUGAAAAUGCAGGUUAGUCUAUUGGUCUGUUUGACAAAUGGUUGUUAGUUGAAAUUGUUGACUGAAA